AGUAAGCCCAUUUCGGCUUACUGCGGCCGGGUGUGCCCCUAAUGAAGUUUCGUGACGUUUUCCUCCUGUACGGAAGCUGGUCUGCGGCAGGUUUGAACCUGGGCGUAUCGCCUCCCGCGAACGACACCAAUGUCACCGCCAAUGCCAGCGGCCACACCGGCGCAGCCGGCGGAAACGUCACCAACGUCUCACGAAAGGAGCUGCCAAGCCCGGAUGCCUUCCGAAAUUCCGAGGUCUGGGGUCCUCCCACGUGGUUCUUCCUGCACUCGGUGACCCUUGCUCUUCCGGAGAAGGUGCCGCAAGAGCAGCAGGCGCAGAUCAAGAACCUGGUGCUGUCACUUCAGGAGGUUCUGCCAUGCCCUUUGUGUGCGGAGCACUGGCGAAAGAACAUGGAUGAGGAUCCGAUCGAGCCACAUCUUGGCAGCCGCGAAGCUUUGGUGGACUGGCUGAUCGGCAUGCAUAACAAGGUGAACAAGCGCAAGGACAAGCCCGUGAUGACCAGGGACCAGGUCCUUGGAGAGUUUCAGCUGGCCUACGACAAGUUCGGGCGCUUCGGCGGGUACCAGGCUGUCCUGGGCGAUACCAAGUCCGCGGCGAGCGGUCUGGGUUUCGGCCUGGCGGCAGUGGCUACCGUUUUGGGCCUGUCGUGAGAGCGAAUUCGGCUCGGUGAGCUUGAGAAGAGUUGAGACGACCCACGAGUCACUCCCCAAGUGCUUGAA